AUGGAAGAUGAAGAGCUUGUAAUCCAAGAUAUGUUCAACUUAGGGGACGGAUUAGAGUGUUCAUGUUUUGCUGUAUAUGAUGGGGCCCGCGAUGAUGAAAUUCGCCGUAUCGAGGGUGCGGGAGGAUUCGUCAAAAUCCCGUCGCGUUUUUGGGACGACUCGCAGUGUCGCGAGCGUUGGGAGACAUCGAAUACAAGAACGUCGCGACGGGGGAAGCCUCCACUUGUCGUCGGUGAUCCUGAAAUUCGUAUGGAACGACUCACCCCAGCGGAUGAGUUCCUGCUAUUGGCCUGUGACGGCCUCUUCGACGUUUUCUCAAGCCAAGAUGCGACAAAUUUCGUGAGAUCGCGUUUGGCCCAAAUGCCACCUGGCGAACAGGUAGACAGAAAUAUGCAUCACAAAUCAGUGACCUUUGAAUCUCUCAGGAGCCUCAACGAGUUGUAG